CGGAGUUUCCAUCUCAUCUGCACGAACUGUAUCUUUGAACGAUACCGACAUUUUCGAGGAGCACCUAAAGCAGCAUGUCCAAUACCGCCCCUGCGGUGUUGAACGAUGCCACCGGGAACGCCCCCAUCUCCCUCUGCGAGCCAAUGGGAUUCAUCCUGGGAACACGCGUUUCUCCACGCUACUCAGUGUCCGUCCUUCCUGCUGUCACAUCUGUGUCGGUAAUGCUGGGAAGGAAAUCAUGGCCAUCCGUGUGUUAGAGCUGAUUUUUUUCUUCUACUUUGCUUCUCACAUUCCAAUCACAUUAUUUAUUGACUUACAGGCCCUGCUACCUGGAUAUGUGUUUCCUCAGCCGCUGAGAGAUCUUCUGAGGUGGUAUGCACGGGAGUUCAAAGAUCCUAUGGUGAUGGACCCUCCGGAGUGGUUCAAGGCUUUCGUUUGCUGCGAGGCCUUGUUUCAGAUGCCUUUCUUUCCCAUUGCAGCCUAUGCUUUCCUGAAAGGUGGCUGUAAGUGGAUCAGGACUCCUGCCAUCCUGUAUUCUGCACAUGUGGCCACCACUCUGCUCCCCAUCCUAGGUCACAUCCUGUUCUACCAGUUUCCUGUGGAACCCCACCCUGGUCCUAAGACCCUGCAGGAGCGCUGGCUGCUGGUCUCCAUAUAUGCUCCAUACCUGCUGGUGCCUUUGCUGCUUCUCUUCACCAUGCUGUUCUCUUCCACAUACAACUCUGCCUCCACCAAGUGUGGAGGCACAUCAGUCAACACCAAGAAGAAGAACUGACUCAUAACCAGACCACAGCUAUCUCUCUGAAUGCACCUUUGUACCUGAUAUGCGUACAGUAUAUCUGAGAGACUGUGUGAGGCUGACUCACACAGUCAGACUCACUUCAAACAAUGUCAUUUGAAGGAAAUUGUCAUUAUUAAACCAGCCAGAAUGAACAUAAUGUCAC